AUGGCUAUCAAGACUUCACCUUACCAUCAGACGCUCCCGCACCUGACGAAGGACAAUUGGCGCGAGCACGCCGCCGACAAAAGAGCUCGUCAAGCGGCGCUUAUUCCGCAGGAAUGGAGGCUGUCGCCCGAGGCGCUGGACACUGCUGGCGACGACGUAACGGAGGUUCCGAGGACUUGCGGUAUUCUGUCAGAGCGUGAACUGGAGAUCACGGAGCUCGACGAGGUCAAGGAGCUCGCCAAGCGCAUCGCCGAAAAGACGUACACUUCCGUCGAAGUUGCUACUGCCUUCAGCAAGCGCGCUGCCAUCGCCCAGCAGCUCACGAACUGCUUGACCGAGAUCUUCUUUAAGGAGGCUCUUGAGCAGGCGAAAGAGUUGGACGAGAUCCUCGAGAAGACGGGCAAGCCUGUUGGACCUUUGCACGGCGUUCCUGUCUCUCUGAAGGACCAGUUCGACGUCGCCGGUGCCGAGUCGACGAUGGGCUACUGCUCCUACCUCGGUCGGAUCUCGACCCACGACAGCGCGCUGGUCCGCUUGCUCCGCGACGCAGGCGCAGUCUUCCACUGUCGAACCAACAUCCCGCAGACGCUCAUGAUUGGCGACGUCUUCAACCACCUCUUCGGGCGUUGCUGCAAUCCGCGCAAUCGCAAGCUCAUUCCCGGCGGCAGCAGCGGCGGCGAGGGCGCGCUCAUCGCCAUGAAGGGCUCCAUCGUCGGUGUUGGAACCGAUGUCGGUGGCUCAGUUCGCAUUCCGUCAGCGAUGUGCGGUCUCCACACAAUCCGCCCGACGACCCGCAGGCUGCUUUACGCUGGCGCGACAACAAGCCUUAUCGGACACUGCGCUUACUUCCUCCGCACUGUGCUCAACCUCAACCCCGCCAACUACGACCCCACGCCUCUUCCCUAUCCCUUCAACGACGCUGCGUACACGUCGACUGCGAAUCGCGGCAAGCUCGCCUUCGGCAUCAUCCGCACCGACCACAACGUCACGCCAACUCCGCCUAUCAAGCGAGCGGUCGAUUUGGCUGCGCAGAAGCUCGUCGAAGCCGGUCACGAGGUCAUUGAAUUCGACUCGGUCUUGCUCAAGGACGCUUUCCAGCUGGCGAACGACAUUUUCGGUGCCGACGGCGGCGAGGACUUCAAGCGUGCUUUGGACCCGAUCGGCGAGCCGCUCAUUCCCGGCAUCUCGCCGACUCAGAACAGUCUCAAGACGGUGUCCGAGUUCUGGCAGCUCAACUACGCCAAGGAGCUCGUCCAGCAAGGUUUCCUCGCUCAAUGGCUCGCGACGGUCGACCAGACUUCCACUGGUCGACCGAUUGACGGGCUGCUGUGCCCUCCUGCGCCUGUGACCGCUGUUCUGCCGGGCGGGAAUCGCCACGCUGGCUACACAGGCAUGUUCAACCUCCUCGACGUACCUGUGCUCUGCUUUCCCGUCACCAAGGUCGACCCGGCUGUCGACCUGCCCGACCCAAACUUCAAGCCGCUGAACCCGGAGGACCAACGCUUCCACGACGAGUACGAUGCGCAGCUGACGGCUGGCAUGCCUGUCGGCAUUCAGCUUGUCGGUCGACGUUGGCAGGACGAGGAACUUCUCGGUUUGGGCGAAGUCGUCGCAGGGAUCCUUGGCAGCAAGGACUGGGCGGCAUGA